CAGCAUAUAGUAGUGUGGAAAGAAGGACGACGGAAAGGAGGGAGGAGAGAGAAAAGUAUGACAAGGAUGCGAAAGAAAUCAGACAACAACCUUCUUAGCCUCCUCCCUAUCCUCCUCUCCACUGCUUCUCCUCCUCCUCCUCCUCCCUUGCCAUGAGUUAGUUCUACGGUGGCGAGGCCAGCAAGAACCACAGCAAGAGCAAGCAGCAGCUAGUGGCAGCUAGCACUCGGGAAAGAGGGGAGGAGCUUCCUGUCGAUUCCUUUUGGUGCUGUUUCAGAUCAAUUUGCAGCCACACACACACACAUAUGAGAUAGGUAUGGGGGAUAGGGGAAGAUCGACAGCCCUGCAAGUCCAAUCCAGAAAUAAGGCUAGCUACCGAAAGGGAAAAGAUUCCCUUGUUCUUGAGCGGUUAGUUUGUCAAGGACAAAUCUGGAGGGGGCGAUGGCAUCCAAUUCAUCGGCGGCAGCUGUGGCAGCGCUGUUUGGAAUUAGGGAUGGCGACCACCAGGAGCAGAUUAAGCCGCCGCUGCUCGCGCAGCCGCACCAGCAGCUGCCUCCCGCGCCACUGCUCAGCGCGGCCGCCUCGUCGUCGGCUGCUGGGUCCGCCCAGGCGGCAGCGGCGGCGUCACCGCCAGUGAAGAAGAAGAGAACCCUACCAGACCCUGACGCGGAGGUGAUCGCGCUGUCGCCCAAGACGCUGCUGGCGACGAACCGCUUCGUGUGCGAGGUGUGCAACAAGGGUUUCCAGCGGGAGCAGAACCUGCAGCUGCACCGGCGUGGGCACAACCUGCCGUGGAAGCUGAAGCAGAAGGACCCGCUGCAGGCGCAGCGGCGGCGCGUGUACCUGUGCCCGGAGCCGACGUGCGCGCACCACGACCCGUCCCGCGCCCUCGGCGACCUGACGGGGAUCAAGAAGCACUUCUGCCGGAAGCACGGCGAGAAGAAGUGGAAGUGCGACAAGUGCUCCAAGCGCUACGCCGUGCAGUCUGACUGGAAGGCGCACUCCAAGGUCUGCGGCACGCGCGAGUACCGCUGCGACUGCGGCACCCUCUUCUCCAGGAGGGACAGCUUCAUCACCCACAGGGCUUUCUGCGACGCCCUCGCGCAGGAGAGCGCCCGCCUCCCGCCGCCCGGCCUCACCGCCAGUCACCUCUACGGCGCCAGCAGCGCGGCCAACAUGGCGCUCAGCCUCUCGCAGGUCGGUUCCCACCUCGCAUCCACCCUCGGCGGGGACGCGCACGGCCACCAUCAUCAGGACCUCCUCCGCCUAGGCGGCGCAGUCAACCGCUUCGAUCAUCUGCUGGGGCCGUCCAGUGCCUCCGCGUUCCGACCUCUGCCGCCUCCACCACCGUCGGCGUUCCUCAUGGGCGCGCCGCAGGAGUUCGGCGACGGCGACGGCACUGGGUCCCACGCGUUCUUGUCGCAGGGCAAGCCGUUCCAAGGCCUCAUGCAUCUGCCGGAUCUCCAAGGUAACGGCGCCGGUGGUCCGUCGGCUUCGUCGGCUCCGGGUCUCUUCAACCUGGGCUACAUCGCAAACAGCGCAAACAGCUCAGGUACUUCCAGUCAUGGCCAUGCAAGCCAGGGGCACCUGACAAGUGACCAGUUCAGUGAAGGAGGAGGUGGCGGCGGUGGCGGCGGCUCUGAGACAUCAGCUGCGAUGCUUUUCAGCGGCGGAGGGAGCUUUGCCGGAGGUGACCACCAAGUUGCUCCUGGCGGGAUGUACAAUGACCAGGCCGUGAUGCUGCCGCAGAUGUCCGCGACGGCGCUGCUGCAGAAGGCGUCGCAGAUGCGCUCCAGCUCGAGCGCGCACGGCGGCGCGGCCGUGUUUGGGGGCCUCGUGGGCUCGUCUGCGCCCUCCGCUGCCCAUGGCCGGGCGCCCAUGCUCGACCAGAGCCAGAUGCACCUGCAGAGCCUGAUGAACUCGCUGGCCGCCGGCGGCAUGUUUGGCGGCGCCAACAGUGGCAGCAUGAUUGACCCGAGGAUGUACGACAUGGAUCAAGAUGUGAAGUUUAGCCAGGGCCGUGGUGGCGCUGAGAUGACUCGCGACUUCCUUGGCGUCGGUGGCGGUGGCGUCAUGAGGGGGAUGCCGGUGGCGAGAGGGGAUCACCAUGACGGCGCCGGUGACAUGAGCUCCUUGGAGGCCGAGAUGAAGUCGGCCUCGUCGUCCUUCACUGGAGGCAGGAUGCAAUAAUCUUCUCCUUGCAUAGUGAGCGAGUCCUCAGCAACCUGGCAUGCAUGCAAGGUGUUGUACUGAAUCUGUUACCACAGGUUGUUAUAGUGUACACUGCACAAUGCAUGGGAAUAGUAUAAGGUCGACUGCAUCCCAUGCAAAAAAGGAUGAAGACAGGGUUUGAACCUUGAAGGCAUGCAUGCUGAGCAAGGGGCUUCUUUGCUACUAAUCCAAGAGAUUAGAUCAAGUAGAACCACGAGAUGAUCUGAUUGGAGCAUGCUUGGUGGUGGUAAUUCAUGUCUCAAAUGUUUGGUUGUUUUUGCUAUAUGUAAUUGGGUUAAUUAUACUGGAGGAGAUAGUAUUUAGCAAUAAUGCUGUAGCAGCUAGGUUAGUAUUGGCUUAUUGGGGGUGAUAAGAUUCACGCCUCCCAACUGUCUUCUCUUUGUUGUUCUUUCUUCUGCAGCGCUUUUAAUUUGGAGCAAAAACAUUGUUCUUUUCAAGGCAGUUAAUAAUCACACCUCAGCCAUGUAGCCACAUAUAGCACUGUUGAUA